UUUUCUUUCUUUUUUAACAAACCAAUUAUGGAUAAAUUAAUAUUUUGAUUGACAAUGUAUAUAAAUAUACGUUUCCAGUUUAAUUUUUAUAGUUUUGCAUUAAAUUUUUUCUUUCUUUUCUUUUCUCAAAAAACUUCAAACAAAAAAGCGGUGUUUGUAUUUAGUGCCAUUUGUUACGUCAAUUUCUCUUUAUUACGUCAUAUUUUUCAAUCAAUGCCUAUGAUAAGUUAAUUACGUCAUUUUUUUAAAUCAUCUAAACAAUUAAACACUUUUACACUCAGAACACUGAGGUUUCUCUUACGACAUUUUUUUAUUUCCUUGUAAAUGUCUUAUCUUAAUAAAGACAUUCUUUUCUUAUUAUUUGAAGAA